AGGACAGAUUUGAAGAACGGUUGCCACUAGCCAUGAUAACAUACCAAGUACUGGUAGCCACUGGAGAGCAGAUAGGCUCUGGCAGCACUGAUAUCAUCUCUAUAGCUCUUAUAGGGGUUAAUGGAGAAAGUCCUAAACAGCUUCUGGGAGAGAAAUUCCAUGCUAAAUCUGUAACUAAAUUUGAUAUUGGCAGCCCAAGAGAACUUGGAGAAAUCCUACUGGUUCGUCUGUACAAGGAGAAGUCUGGCCCAAAAGAGAACCCAUGGUGCUGCCAGUAUAUUGAUGUGAUCAGUCCCAAUGGGAAGAGCAGUAGAUUCCCUUACUACCUGUGGGUUACUGGAUAUACAAACAUAGAAAUUCCAGAAGGGAAAGGGAUAAUUUUGACUGGAGAUGUGAACCCACUCCUUGUACAGCAGAGAAAAGUCGAGCUGGAUAGGAAUAGAGCAAUCUAUAGGUGGAAGGUCUAUGCAGAAAGUGCCCCUCACUGUAUUGAUGCUGAAUCUUCCAAAGAUCUUCCUCGUGAUGCAAAAUACUCCUUCCAGAAAUACGCCAAUUUCGGAUUCUCUGUGGUUGCAACGGGAUUAGAACUGCAGCUCAGAGGCUUUCUCCAAUCCAAAGACCCUUGGACUGAUCUAAAUGAUAUCCAUAAGGUUUUCCUGUACCAAAAGACCCAUAACUCUGUACUGGUGACCCAGAUGUGGCAGGAGGACACUUUCUUUGGCUACCAAUAUUUGAAUGGAGUAUGCCCUGUGAUAUUACAAAAAUGUACCAAAAUUCCUGACCACUUCCCAGUGGUUCAAGAGAUGGUGGCUGCCUCUCUGGGGACAACCACAAACCUCCAGAAGGAAUUGGAGAGUGGUAAUGUCUUUCUGGCUGACUACAAGAUUCUGGAUGGAGUCCCUGCAAAUGUAAUUAAUGGCAAGCAGCAAUACCUCACUGCUCCUCUAUGCCUCCUGUGGAAAAACCCUCUGGAUCAUCUCCUCCCAAUAGCCAUCCAGUUGGGACAAGUCCCAGGACCCCAAAACCCAAUCUUCCUUCCCAAUGAUUCAAAAUGGGACUGGACCCUUGCUAAAAUGUGGGUGCGCAAUGCAGAAUUUCAGGUGCACCAGGCUGGACCUCAUCUGCUCUGCACCCACCUGUUUGCUGAGGUCUUUAGCAUUGCGACCUCCAGACAACUUCCAAUUGGACAUCCAGUUUACAAGCUUCUUGUUCCUCAUUUCCGUUAUACUUUGGAAAUCAAUACCCUUGCCAGAAGUGAGCUUCUAGGACCUGGAGGCAUUUUUGAUCAGUCUAAUGUAACAGGAAAUGGCGGUGUACCUGUCCUGCUUAGAAAAGCAUUGGGAGAUGUUACCUAUAGUGCCCUGUGUCUCCCUGACAAUAUCAAAGCCAGAGGAGUGGCUUCUAUUCCAAAUUACUACUAUAGAGAAGAUGGCAUGAAGGUCUGGAAGGCUGUGGAGAGGCUGGUGUCAAGCAUUGUCAAUUACUAUUACAAGAGUGAUGAAAUGGUCACUAAAGAUCCUGAACUUCAAGCUUGGGCAGCAGAAGUCUUCAAGGAAGGAUUCUUGGAGCGUAAAUCAUCUGGAAUUCCAUCUUCUCUGGGGACCCGGGAUGAGCUCAUGAAGUACUUGACCAUGGUGAUCUUCACGUGUUCUGGGCAGCAUGCUGCUGUCAACAGUGGCCAGUUUGACUUUUAUGGUUGGAUGCCCAACGGUCCCUCAUCUAUGAGGAAGCCACCUCCUUCUGGGAAAGGGGCAACUUAUCAAACCAUCUUGGAUACCUUACCAGAAGUCAAUACAACUACCCUGGCCAUGGCCACUGUGUGGCUCCUCAGCCAUGAACCAGAGGACAAGAGGCCCCUAGGAAAUUACACCAAUGAGAGAUUCACAGAAGAGAAACCACGGCAACACGUUAAGGAAUUCCAACAUGAGCUGGAUCAGAUCUCAAAGGAGAUCAAAGCAAGGAACCAGAAUGUGAAGCUGCAGUACCUGUAUCUGGACCCAAAGCGUAUUGAGAGCAGUGUGUCCAUUUAAUGGCAGCAGCCCUCUACCUGGGCAUGCAACAUCUAUACCAACAAGGCAGCAAACCCAACAUGGCUGGCAGGCACUUUCAAAAUGUCUGCCUUGGGAAAUCAAUGGGACUGGUCCCUCUUUGGCUCUAAUUGGAUCUUGUGUAUCUCUAGACUAGCAUAAUCUGUUAUGGAUGCCUUCAGAUAUACCUGUUUGGGAUGUAAGU